CGCGAGCUGCUGGGUCUCGGCGAAGACGCAGAGAUCAGCUUGGAUACGCUGGAGGACCCGGAAGACGAGGAGAGACCUAGCUGGUCCUACCCUACUCUCAUCAAGCUCGCAAUUUAUGGGAGCCCAAACAAGCGAUUGACCUUGCAGGAGAUUUAUGCUGCAAUCGAGAACCGCUUCAAGUGGUACAGGGCGACCACGGACAAGGCGUGGCAGGGUUCUAUUCGUCACAACCUGUCACUUAAUAAGUGUUUCCGCCUUGUGCCCCGUCCUAUAUCUGAGCCUGGCAAGGGUCACUUCUGGGUGGUUGAUUACUCUCAGGGAGAGGGCAACAAGCGACAGCGGAAGCGAAAUAAGAAAAAG